CAGGCUGGGUCGCCCCUCUCUCCUCUUCGCCGAGGUCUUCCUCCUUCCACAACCCCACCCCCAAGGGAGAUCUUUGUCCUUCCUGACGUCUAGCCGGCCCUCGACCAGCAGCUACUCCCCUCUGCCCAGCUGCUCCCAUCCACAGGAGCUCUUGGGGGCCUCCAUGGCAUUGCCCACUUCCACCAACCCAGCGCAUGCUCACUUUGAGAGCUUCCUGCAGGCCCAGCUGUGCCAGGAUGUGCUGAGCAGCUUCCAGGGGCUAUGUGAGGCCCUGGGGGUGGAGGCUGGCAGGGGGCUGACCCAGUAUCACAAGAUCAAGGCUCAGCUCAACUACUGGAGUGCCAAGUCCCUGUGGGCCAAGUUGGACAAACGAGCAGGCCAGCCUGUGUACCAGCAGGGCCGGGCCUGCACCAGCACCAAGUGCCUAGUGGUGGGCGCUGGACCUUGCGGGCUACGAACUGCAGUGGAGCUGGCACUGCUAGGGGCCCACGUGGUGCUGGUAGAAAAGCGCACCAAGUUCUCUCGUCACAACGUGCUCCACCUCUGGCCCUUCACCAUCCACGACUUGCGAGCACUCGGUGCCAAGAAGUUCUAUGGGCGCUUCUGCACUGGCACCUUGGACCACAUCAGCAUCCGGCAGCUUCAGCUGGUACUGCUGAAGGUGGCAUUACUGCUGGGGGUGGAAAUUCACUGGGGUGUCACUUUCAGUGGCCUCCAGCCCCCUCCCAAAAAGGGGAGUGGCUGGCGUGCCCAACUCCAGCCCAGCCCCCCAGCCCAACUGGCCAACUAUGAAUUUGAUGUCCUUAUCUCGGCUGCUGGAGGUAAAUUCGUCCCUGAAGGCUUCACAGUUCGAGAAAUGCGAGGCAAACUGGCCAUUGGCAUCACGGCCAACUUUGUGAAUGGGCGCACCGUGGAGGAGACACAGGUGCCUGAGAUCAGUGGCGUGGCCAGGAUCUACAACCAGAGCUUCUUCCAGAGCCUGCUCAAGGCCACAGGCAUUGAUCUGGAGAACAUUGUGUACUACAAGGACGACACCCACUACUUUGUGAUGACAGCCAAGAAGCAGUGCCUACUGCGACUGGGGGUGCUACGCCAGGACUAUUCGGAGACCGAUCGGCUCUUGGGAAGUGCCAAUGUGGUGCCCGAGGCUCUGCAGCACUUUGCCCGGGCAGCUGCUGACUUUGCCACCCAUGGCAAGCUCGGGAAGCUGGAGUUUGCCCAGGAUGCCCACGGGCACCCUGACGUCUCUGCCUUUGACUUCACAAGCAUGAUGCGGGCAGAGAGCUCUGCUCGCGUGCAAGAGAAGCACGGUGCCCGCCUGCUGCUGGGACUGGUGGGGGACUGCCUGGUGGAGCCCUUCUGGCCCCUGGGCACUGGAGUGGCCCGGGGCUUCCUGGCCGCCUUUGAUGCAGCCUGGAUGGUAAAGCGGUGGGCAGAAGGUGCUGAGCCCCUAGAGGUGCUGGCUGAGCGCGAGAGCCUGUACCAGCUCCUGUCACAGACAUCCCCGGAAAACAUGCACCGCAACAUGGCCCAGUAUGGGCUGGACCCAGCCACCCGCUACCCCAACCUGAACCUCCGGGCUGUGACUCCCAACCAGGUACAAGACCUGUAUGAUGUGCUAGCCAAGGAGCCUGUGCAGAAGAAGAGUGACAAGACAGACACAGGAAAGCUGGCCACUGGCACCCAGGAGGCAUUGCUACGCUGGUGCCAGGAGCAAACCACUGGGUACCCAGGUGUCCGUGUCACUGACCUGUCCUCCUCCUGGGCUGACGGGCUAGCUCUGUGUGCUCUGGUGUAUCGGCUGUGCCCUGGCCUGCUGGAACCCUCAGAGCUGCAGGGGGUGGGGGCUUUGGAAGCAACUUCGCGGGCGCUGAAGGUGGCAGAGCAGGAGCUGGGCAUCACACCAGUGUUGUCUGCACAGGCAGUGGUGGCGGGAAGUGAUCCGCUGGGCCUUAUUGCCUACCUUAGCCACUUCCACAGUGCCUUCAAGGACAAGCCCCACAGCCCAGGCCCCGUCAGCCAAGGAUCUCCAGGGACCUCCAGUGCUGUCUUAUUCCUUGGCAAACUGCAGAGGACCCUGCAGCGGACCCGGGCCCAGGAAAAUGGGGAGAAUGCUGGUGGCAAGAAACCUCGCUUGGUGGUAAAUGCAAGCAGGGGCUGGAUGGUCCCUGUCCCAUGUGUUGUCUCCCUUCAUCAGGUAGAGGCUGAGAUUCCAAGUACUGAGGAUCCACCUGUCCCAGAGCCCAGUGUACCCCUGACACCCCCACCCCAAAACCAGGAGGUUGGUGCCGGGGACCUGUGUGCACUCUGUGGGGAACGCCUCUAUAUCCUGGAACGCCUCUGUGUCGACGGCUGUUUCUUCCACCGGAGCUGCUUCCACUGCCAUGUCUGUGAGGCCACGUUGUGGCCAGGGAGCUAUGGGCAGCACCCAGGAGAUGGACACUUCUACUGCCUCCAGCACCUGCCCCAACCAGGCCACAAAGAUGAUAACAGGGACACAGGCUCUGAGAGUCGGGAGCUGCCCACACCAGGCAGUGACAGUCUGCCAUCGGCCCCCUCGAUGCCCCCAGUCCCCCAGGAAGGUACCAAUCCUGCACCAAGUCCCAGCCGGCCUGCCCGUCAGCUGAUUCGCCUCUCUAGCCCAGAACGCCGGCGGUUAUCCUCCCUUAACCUUACCCCUGACCCGGAAAUGGAGCCCCCUCCUAAGCCCCCCCGCAGCUGCGCUACCUUGGCCCGCCAGGCCCUGGAGGGCAGCUUUGUGGGCUGGGGAAUGCCCGCCCAGGGACCUCAAGGGCUCCCUAGCUCAGCUCUUGUGGCCUUGAAGGAGGAGGAAGGAGAGAGUCCCCCCUCCAGUGAAGAGGAAGAAGAGGAACAGGAAGAUAUUGCUUUGGAUGAAGACAUGGAGCAGGCCCUGCUGACCUUUGCCAAGAACUCAGGUACCAUGGACAAGUAUCCAACAUGGCGCCGGACUCUGAUGCGCCGUGGCAAGGAAGAGCAGAUGAAGAGAUUCUGCAAGGCCCAGGCCAUCCAACGGCGACAAAAUGAGAUCGAGGUUUCUCUGAUGGAGCUGGAGGCUGAGGGCAUGAAGCUGGAGCUGGCCUUGAGGAGCCCCAGCAUUUCCCCAGAAAGGCAAAAGGCACUGUGGCUAGAACAGCUGUUAAAGCUUGUUGAGAAGAAAAACGGUCUGGUGGCUGAGGAAGCUGAACUCAUGAUCACGGUGCAGGAGCUGAAAUUGGAGGACGAACAGUGGCAGCUGGACCAGGAACUACGAGGCUACAUGAACCGGGAAGAAACCCUAAAGACAGCUGCUGAUCGGCAGGCUGAGGACCGGAUCCUAAAGAAGCUGCUGGAUGUGGUGCACCAGCGAGAUGCUCUCAUCUGCUUCCAGGAAGAGCGCAGGCUCAGUGAGCUGGCCUUCGGGGUGGGGGCCCAGGGUUAGAGAUCUGGGGGCUGUCUGACUCCUGCCCUGUAAGAAAAAUGCCCAUAGUGCAUUUCCCAACUGUGUUCUCAGGACCAGUGCCUGACCUCACAACCUCGCCCAAGGACAGUGCCAGCCCUACUUAUCUAGACUGCCUGAGAGAGGGCGUUAUUGUUUAUGGUAAAAACGUUUCUGCCACAAACAA